AUGGGUAACGUUGCUGGUUCCCGAAAGUUGGAUGCGGCCGGGAUGGCUGCCGGAAAAGUUGUAUUAUCCGACGGAAGGGUACAAAACUUAGAGGAAGAGACAACGGUGGCUGAGAUUAUGCUAGAAAAUCCGCAACAUGUGGUCGUCGAAUUUGAUCCGUCAUCGAUAUCAUUCAACAACGACGCAAAAACGGUGAAGAGAAAGCUGGCUCCUUUGCCCGCGGACAAAACACUCGAGCCAGGGAAAAUCUAUUUAGUGCUUCCCGCCAAAAGAAGCGGUGGCAGGGCCGCAAAAUCAUCAUCGGCGGUGCUGACGUCAGAGGAGAUGCGGAAAAUGCUGUUUAGCGCCACGGCAAUGGUAAGGUCAUCGUUUAGCUACUAUGAAGGGAUUCUUCCUUGGUUUACUACUAGAAGUUAUAAGAACAACAAUCCGGCGACUGAUACGGUCGUUGCUGCUACGUCGGUUGGAAGAUUGGAGGCAGAGAUGGAGGAGGAAGAUAGGCCGGAGUUUUUGAGCCGGCAAUUGUCGGGAAGAGGGUGGAAACCAAGCUUGGAUCCUAUCAGAGAGAAGAAAGCAAAGAAGAAAAUCCAUCAACGGUUCUUGUUAUAAAUACGUUGUCGUUUGGUUUAAAUCCUUUUCUAAAUGAUCUUGUAUUUUGUGUUUUGUGCUAAAUUGUGUGUAUUGUGUAAAGAUCGUUUCUUAACGUGCGUAUGUGUCUUGUACGCCGGUCACGAGAAACUCACGUGAAUUCCAAAACCUCUGUUUCAUUCGU